AUGGAGAAAACAAUACUUUUGCUUGCGUUCCUGCUGAUAGUUUCAGUAACACUGAUCUUGGGUGAAGAUGACGAAACUUUGGUAAACGAGGUGUUGGAAAAGUGAGUGGCACACAGUUUACGAGUCUCUUUAAUCUAAAGACAUGAAAACAAGAAAAAUGAAAUAGAAAAUCAGUAGAAUUCUGAUUAAGUUUAUGUUUAAUUUGAUUAGAGUGAAAAGGCGACAGUUUUUCAAUAAAACAGUAGCAAUAAACCCCAUUAAGAUUAAGUCAAUGUUCAUUCACACUUGGUAAAAACCUGUUUUAUAUAUUUUCUUGACUGUCCUUGAAAAAACUGUCUUAAUGAUUUACAUUAUAUUAUUAUGUAAAAGAUAUUAAAACGAGGCAAUAACUAUGCAGGCAGAGCCCAAUCCGACUCUUCCAGGUCGCUGCCUGUGGCCCUUGGAAAGCCUUUGACUCGACUCAUGUUCAGCUGCGUCCUUCGCAAUUCAACUUAGCUGUCUGCUGCAAGUAAGGUUGAUUAUAAAACCCGUUUUCCACUCAUGUAUUUCGCCGCCGCUGGCGAAAAAUUUUGACAUGAAAUCAUUUUUUUACAUUCAUUCCCCGCUGAAGAAAUUUGUUCUCCUGCUACAGUUGCUUAAAAUUUUCAACUUCUGUUUGACUUUCGUUGACGGCGCGAAAGAACAACAAAUGAACUUUUUCGGUGGCGAAAUUUUUCGCCAGCGGCGGCGAAAUACGUGAGUGGAAAACGGGCUUAACACAUCCCCACUUACUUUCAACAUAUUCUCGUAUUUACUAGAAUGCUGUUUUUUAGUAUUUUUUAUAAUAAUGUUGUUAGCAUAUUUCUUAAAUGUUCUAAUUUACUCCAAAUGCUACUUUGCCUUUGGUAAUAACUGAUUGUUUUCGCUUGGUUAACCAAUACCUUGCUGUAAAUGUAAAAACAAGUUCAGAUACCUGUCCGUAUAGCCACUGUUAAUAAAAUAAUAGUUACUAAUUUCGUUCGAUUUUUUCAGGUAUUUCGAUCCUGUAACCCGACCGAUUUUCCCUAAUUAGCUAUUCAGGGCCGCACAAAGAAAUUUGGGGGUCCGGGACAAAUGUAAGACUUGGGGCCCGAGUGAUCAUCAAAGAUUCUUGAAGUUAUGUGCUCAUUUAGAGAUUGUAUGAUUCCUUUAUUCUUUAACUUUUAGGACAAUUAACAACAUUUUUUCCUUCGGUGUUUAUAUAACAUUUGCAAUGCGUAUUCUGUACUUAAAUAGUUCAGGGGGGUUGGGGGAAAAUUUUGAAAUUUAGAGUCCCUAGAAAAGCAAUAUUUGCAUUCUGAGUGAAUAUUUAACUGUGGUUUCUAUGCAUAUUUUACUUUAUCCUUAUUUGGUGGCCCCCUCAGCUGGGGCCUCGGGGAAAAUUGCUCCUCUCCCCCUGGGCGGUUCUGCUGCUAUUCAUAAUUUUUUUUACAAUUUUUGGUGCAGUUUUCGAUAUUUAUUUAAUUUAUCAUAGUUUAUGUUUGUAAUGUGAACGCCAGUUGUAUAGAUUUUUACGUACGAUUUAUACCAAGGCAACGUAUUUACAUUUUGUCAAAAUAGCACUGAACCCGGAAGGUUAUCAUUUUCUUUCUAGGACAGCUGCAAACGAAGUAUUUGCUGAUCCAAUGGCAAUGCCAAAACGUCGUCGGUCUAGCAGGAGGCGUCGAAAGCACCGUGGACGCAGCCGCAGCCGUGGCCGCAGCCGUAGUCGUAGCGGUAGUCGUAGCCGUAGCCGUAGUGGCAGCAGAGGACGUAGCGGCAGCAGAGGUCGUAGCCGAAGCGGAGGCCGUGGUGGUCAUGGUGGUCAUGGUGGUCGUGGUGGUUACUGGUAA